CAGCUCUCUGGGGGUCCGAAAUUGAAAACCCUUUCCUCCCACGCAGACAUGGCCUCGGCCAGCAGCCCGCCGUGUGACGCGCAGCUCCUGUGCUCCAUCUGCCUGGAUGUGUUCACCGAGCCCGUCUCCACUCCGUGUGGACACAACUACUGCAGGACUUGCAUCACCGGCUUCUGGGCCGCCAGCAGCCAGGUGCACUGUCCGCUCUGCAUGAAGAGGUUCCGCCGGGUCCCGCAGCUUCAGAUCAACACGGCCUUCAGAGACAUGGUGGAGCACUUCAAAGGCGCGAGGGGCGAGGACGGCGUCCCCGCCGACCCGGGGGAUGUCCCCUGCGACAUCUGCCUCGAUCCCAAGCUCAAGGCCCAGAAGACGUGCCUGGUGUGCUUGGCCUCGUACUGCCGGCUUCACCUGGAGCCCCACCAGAGAGUCAAGGCGCUCAAGAAGCACCGGCUGACGGAGCCGGUGUCCGACCUGAGGGACAGGCUGUGCGAGAAGCACGACAAGCUGCUGGAGCUCUUCUGUUGCGAGGACCAGACGUGCGUCUGCCUCAUGUGCACGAACGACGACCACGCCGCCCACCGGGCCGUCCCGUUGGAGCGUGCGUUCAGAGAGCGGAAAGUCCAGCUGGACCGCGAGACGACUGGGAUGAAAAUGAAGGAAGACGCCAUGUCCAGGAGUUUAAAGGCCGGCAAACACUCAGCGGCGCAGAGCAAGAAGGAGUCAGAGAAAGAGAUGGCGGACAUUGCGAAGGCGUUCAACAGCCUGGUGGCCUCUCGGGCGAGAAGCCAGGCUGAGCUGACGGAGGUGAUCCGGGAGAAGCGGAAAGCAGCCCAGAAGCAGGUUGAGGACCACGUGACCCGGUUUGAGCAGGAAGUGGCCGAGUUGAGGAGGAGAAGAUCGGAAAUGGAGCAACUUUCCCAAACAGAGGACCACCUCCGCCUCAUUCAGAGGUGGCCAUCUCUCCACUUACCUGCACGCGCCGGGGGGCCACUCGACCCUCGGUCCCCCUCCAGCCCUCCAUCUGCAUCCGACCCCCGUGACCAGCAGAGCUGUGUGGCGAUGGUCAAAAAGGCGGUUGCCCGGGUGGAGAAGACCCUCAGCAAUGAGAUGGAGAUGCUUAUACGUGAGGUCAAGUGCCCUGGUGCCUCUGGAGAAGAGAGGCCAGCGGGGUUAGUUCCAGAGAGGUGGACCCCACCUCGGGACAAGCUGAUGAUCCUCCAGCAGUACUGUGCAGUGGAUGUGACUUUGGAUGCCUACACGGCCCAUUAUAGACUCGAGGUGUCUGAGGAUGGGAAACAACUGAAAUUUCGUAAAGGUCUACAGUCCUUCACUGCUUUAUUCGGUCGAAGAUUUCAAAAUCAGUUCUUAAUUCUUGGGAAAGAGGGGUUUACCUCGGGCAGGUUCUACUAUGAAGUGCAGGUCAGUAAUUGUUUGAAUUGGUCAUUGGGUGUAAUGGAUGAGUCGGUAUACAGGGAGGGUACUUUAAUUACUGCACCUGAUGUCGGAAUGGGGUUAGUAAAUGGAGUGUUCAACCUGAAAAGUUGUUGUCCUGAUAUUUCCUUCCGUUUUGUGCCCCAGAAAAUUGGCGUGUUUGUGGAUUUCGAGCAGGGGGAACUCAUCUUCUAUGACGUGACCAGCCGGACUGAGCUCUGCAGCUUCUCAGAAUGUGACUUCACUAAGACAGAACCAGCAUUCAAAUCUUGGUUCCAUUAUCUAGCUGGCUUAAGUUACAAACCAAAGCUCUACCCUUUUUUUGGUUUCUUUCGAGAUGACACUGACACCACGCUUGCAAUAACUCCUGUAGUGCCCCCAACUUAAAGUGGCAUAUUAAUCAGGCCAAAGGCAUAUGUACCUUCUACUGUAAGGUAACAGUUAUACUCAGUGUAAUUUAUAUGCAUAAGAUCACAUACCUCACAGUUGGUGAUGAGGGUUUUUUUUCAGAGAGAUCAGUGGUGUAUUAUAUUCACAUAGAGUAUAUACUGAAAUAUACUUUAAUAUGCUGUUUUCUUUUUUUAAAUAAUUGCAUCAAACCAGGAAUUCUGGAUUAAUCUGUUUCUCAGAGAAAACUACUUUUAAAAAUGACUUGGACACAGAAGUUUAAUCUAUUGCUAUUUUUUUUAUAUGUACCACUAGGGUUGGGUAUCGAGAAUUGAGAAUCGAUUGGAAUCGGAACUAGCUUUGCGAUUUACCCGGUAUCGUUCAAAAGUUUAAAAUUCGAUUCUUAGUUUCGAUUCUCAGUCCGCCGGCGCCGACGGAAAUAGAAACCGCUGAAC